AGGCUGUUCAGUUCGAGUCGGAUCGUUGCGAAGAAUAGACGCAAAUUUCACAUCGUUCUUGUAACGGGUGUAACACAAAACGAGAACCGUUCUUCAGUGUCAAAUACAGGCUCUCUAAUUGCGACCAACCAACAUCUAAGUGGACGUCGUGUGUGUACGAGAAGCAAAGAAGUGGUGUGUGAGCAGUUAAAGUAUCGUUUUGAAGUCUGUCUUACAAAAGAAAGACGAAACAACGGAUAUCAAGAAACCAGAGUGUGGAGCGAAGAACACCAUGAAAAUUAUAACAGCUUACUGCUGCUCCAACGGAGUCGUGUGAAAUGAACUGAGUAAUAAAAGCAGAAGAAAGCUCGGGAUAAAUUAAAUGUCGAAUGAGGAGCCCGCAGAAGAGUGGUGAAUAUAUUAAAAUGAAAUAACAGUGCAGCGAUAGUUUGUGAAAUAUUUUAGAAUCGUGCUCAUAUUUAUUGGCCGAAUUACUUCUUCUGUUGGAUUCGGUUCAAUUGAUUCUGGUUUUUGUGUUCUGUUGCUUCGAGUCUGAAUUUGGAAGAAGAAAAAAAAUCGAUAACACAUUGAGCAGAAAUUCUGUCGAGAGCAGAAAAAGUGAUGAAAAGUUCGAAAAUGCUUACUUUAUGAUACUGAAGCAAAACGUAGUUUCAAGCAGUACACACUACUCCGUAUGAAGAUCCCACGAAGGAGUUAGAUAGUGUUGAGCUUAGUAAUUCGGCUAUAACCGUCACGAAGCAAAGAAAAAUGGAGCACCACAGAACUUUGGCAGCGUCGCUCGUGCUGCUGUUGGCGGUUUCCGUGGUGCUCGGUUCGCAGUGCAGUUGGGAGUAUGAAAAAGCCAGCGUAACCUGUCGUUUGCGAACACUGGAACGUACCGGUUUAGAUCUACAAGGUGCCGAGGGCACUUCUCAUUUAGAAAUUCAGUGCAGUGAGUUGAUUCUCUUCGAAAGUCAAUUGCCGCAAAAUUCUUUCCUGCGGCUGUCGAGCCUGAGUGAAUUAAAAAUUGAGUCAUGCAAGUUGCUUCAGCUUCCAGAAGGAGCAUUCGAAGGACUAACGGUAUUGAAGAAGCUUAGUGUGAACACAAGGAACUAUGAGUGGGGAGCUGGUAAAGUGUUAGAACUACAAAGUCUCUCAAUGCAAGGACUGAAGGAACUACAAACACUGGAUCUGAGUGAUAACAAUGUUCGUGCGCUGCCCGAUGGAUUUUUGUGUCCGUUGACUAAUUUGAAAGUGUUGAAUUUGACGAAUAAUCGAAUCCGGUCAGUUGAAAGUCUUGGUUUGACCGGAAAAACAUGCAACGGUGGAUCAGAAAUUCAAACAUUAAAUCUGAGCUACAAUGAAAUUAUGAAGAUUCCAGAGAACUGGGGAGUAUCCCGUUUACGGCGACUGCAGCACCUAAAUCUAGAGUACAAUAACAUUUCCGAGCUCCAUGGAGAAGCUUUGGCUGGAUUGAGCUCAUUGAGGACGCUGAAUCUUAGCUACAAUCAUUUGGAAACAUUACCAGCAGGACUUCUUGCAGGGUCUCGUGAGCUACGAGAAAUUUACCUCCAAGGCAAUCAGUUAUAUGAGCUUCCAAGAGCAUUGUUCCAUCGGUUGGAACAGUUGUUAGUUUUGGAUUUGUCCCGCAAUCAACUGUCUUCACAUCAUGUCGACAAUGGCACUUUCUCCGGAUUGAUCCGUUUGGUCGUAUUAAACCUCGCUCACAAUGCAUUGACUCGCAUCGAUUCUAAAACAUUCAAAGAGCUUUAUUUUCUACAAAUUUUGGAUCUGCGGAACAAUUCGAUCGGUUACAUCGAGGACAACGCUUUCCUGCCACUAUACAAUUUGCAUACGCUAAACUUGGCCGAAAAUCGCUUGCAUACAUUGGAUGACCGCCUGUUUAAUGGUUUGUACGUGCUUUCCAAGCUGACGCUUAACAAUAACCUCAUCAGCAUAGUCGAGCGAAAUGUGUUUAAAAAUUGCUCUGACCUAAAAGAGUUGGAUUUGAGUUCGAACCAACUGUCAGAGGUCCCGCACGCCAUUCGUGAUUUGUCGGUUCUGCGUGCACUCGAUUUGGGAGAAAAUCAAAUUAACUACAUCGAAAAUGGCACAUUUGCUAACCUAAAUCAACUGACUGGACUUCGAAUGAUUGAUAAUCAAAUCGAGAACAUUACCAUCGGAAUGUUUACCGACUUACCGAGACUGAGCGUGCUCAAUCUGGCGAAAAACCGGGUGCAAAACAUCGAGCGUGGUUCGUUCGAUAAGAAUCUGGAUAUUGAGGCAAUCCGGUUGGAUGGCAACUUUCUGACUGAUAUAAACGGAAUAUUCGCCACGCUUUCAUCGCUAUUGUGGUUGAAUCUUGCCGAGAACCAUCUCGUAUGGUUUGAUUACGCGUUUAUACCCAGUAACCUCAAAUGGUUGGAUAUCCACGGUAAUUACAUCGAGUCUCUUGGAAACUACUAUAAACUUCAAGAGGAAAUCAAAGUUAAAACGCUGGACGCCAGCCACAACCGACUGACCGAUAUUGGUCCGAUGAAUGUGCCGAACAGUGUCGAGUUGCUAUUUAUCAACGAUAACCACAUCAGCACCAUACACGCGAACACCUUUAUUGAUAAAAUUAAUUUGGCGCGCGUUGAUAUGUACGCCAACUCACUAAAAAAGUUGCAACUGCAUCAGCUUCGCGUAGCACCACAGCCGAUUGAUAAACCACUGCCAGAAUUUUAUCUCGGAGGAAACCCUUUCGAGUGUGAUUGCUCGAUGGAAUGGAUGCAGCGAGUAAACAAUCUAACGGCCCGCCAGCAUCCGAAAAUCAUGGACCUACCAAAUGUCGAAUGCAUUAUGCCACAUGCUCGGGGAUCCCCUAUUCGUCCGAUCGUGUCACUCAAACCAAAGGACUUUCUGUGUAAAUAUGAAACUCAUUGUUUCGCGCUGUGCCAUUGCUGUGAUUUCGAUGCUUGCGAUUGUGAGAUGACCUGUCCGACCAAUUGUACGUGCUACCAUGACCAAACUUGGGGCACCAAUGUGGUCGACUGUGGUAGUCAACGGGCUUCGCUUUCGAAACCGGUUCCAAUGGAUGCCACCGAAGUCUACAUGGACGGUAAUGACUAUCCGGAGCUGCAAAAUCAUGCCUUUAUCGGGCGGAAAAAUCUGAAAGUGUUGUUCGCCAAUGCCAGCAAUAUUAUCACCAUUCAAAAUCGCACAUUCGCUGGACUUACCGCGCUCCAGGUACUUCAUCUGGAAGAUAACGUUAUCCAAAAGAUUCACGGUUAUGAAUUUGAAAACCUCGGGCUGCUGAAGGAGCUGUACCUGCAGAACAACAUGAUUUCUGUGGUUGCCAACAACUCAUUCGCGCCGUUGUAUUCGCUGCAGGUGCUGCGGAUCGAUGGUAACCGGUUGACCACCAUUCCAAUGGCACAGCUUCAAGCCACACAGCUGCAAAGCCUGCAAGCGCUCUCGCUCGGUCGUAAUUAUUGGAGCUGCCGUUGCCGUUUUAUGCAGGAGCUAACAUCGUUUGUGGCUGACAAUGCAGUAAUUAUCCAAGAUAUGCAAGAUAUCUACUGCGUCGACGAUGCCAUCCAUCGUGAACUGGAUUUCAACGUGACGGCAGCAUGCAGUGAUUACUAUGCGGGCAGUUCAGUUCUUCCGGAUAGGCUCUCGGAGACGUACAUAUUUCUUCUAGCCGCAGCCCUUAUUAUUGCCUGCCUACUAGUGUUUGUGUUGAUCAUGUUUAUUUUUCGUGAACCGCUAAGAUUUUGGUUGUUUUCACGGUACGGAGUACGAGUGUUUGGCCCACGGUGUGAAGAUUCCGAAAAACUUUACGAUGCUAUAUUCAUCUACUCCGCCAAGGAGGCUGAAUAUGUGGCUAGAAAUAUUGCUGCUGAACUGGAAAAUGGUCGGCCACCACUGAGGCUAUGUUUGCAGCAUCGAGAUCUUUCGGAAGAUGCAACGCAUUUGCAGCUUUUAGAAGCAUCCCGAGCAUCGAGGAGGAUAGUGCUACUCCUUUCGCGAAAUUUCCUUCAAACCGAAUGGAGCAGGUGUGAGUUACGACGAGCGUUGCACGAUGCUCUAAGAGGACGACCGCACAAGCUGGUUGUACUCGAGGAAGUUGGCGUGAUUCUGGAAGCGGAAAAUGACGUCGAACUAGUUCCAUACCUAAAAACUACCACUGUAAAUAGAAUCAAACGUAGCGACCGACACUUUUGGGAGAAGCUCCGGUACGCCCUGCCAGUCGAGACACCGUACCGGGGCAACAACUAUACCAUCGACCACCACGAGCGGGUGAAGCAGACUGUAAGCACCGGGGUCAUGUUCCGCCAGGCACCUCCGGCCUACUGUCCGGAGAUCGAUGAGGCCAAUUACUCUUCGGCGACAACAGCAACGCCGAGUCCGCGGCCAUCGAGACGCGGCAUGGUAGAGCUUCCUCAGCGUCCACCAAGUGAACAUAUUUACUCUAGCAUUGACUCUGACUAUAGCACGCUGGAGUGCGAAAACAUGGUUCCUGGAGUGCACCGGCCGGCGACGUGGCGACCCGGUGGUGUAGGUAGCAGUAUCCUAUCCGGCCAAAACACUGGUCCCCAUGGGCAUCACGUGCAGGCAUAUCUUGUCUAGGGGUUGGCCAGACCGACGAAUUCGUUGGCCAGAAAGCGAAAAAGAAAUAGUCAAGUGAUGUAAUAGUGUACAUAGAUAUCUAAUUGUAUCGUAGCGCUAGGAGAAAAAAAAAGAAUUCAAAUACUGAACAAAAUAUGUCAAAAAGUGCUAAAUUAUGUAAAAAGUGGAAACCGAGUAUUAAUAUGAGAUGUUAAGGAAAAUACUACACACAAGUGAAGAUGGGAAGAAAAUUUUUUGUGAUAUUGUAUUAUAAGUUUUAAUGAUAAUAAAGCAGAAAUGACAACAGAUACAGUAUGGAAUAAUGGCACAUAUAAGGGGAAUGCUACAAAACUACCACUACAACUAUUAGCUACUAAUGCAGCAAAAAUACUACACUCACACAAACGCAAAAUAUAAGAAAUAUAGUUGAACUGCAAGGUAAGGCAAUGAUACAACAUCUGUAUUUUAAUUACAGUUUCCAAAUGGUUAAAUUAUUGAUAGAAUGAAAUAAACAGAACAUGUUGUACUCAAAAACAAAAACGAAAUCAAAAUUCUUGUCAUAUUUUCAUGUGUUGAUUCAUUAGGUUCGUAUUUUUUCGUAACAUCGAUCACCACGAGAACAAAAAACUAGAAUUAAUUCUGCAGUAGUAGUUUGUGUCCGUGUACAGUUUACUGCGUAAUUAUUAUUUAAAUUAUUUAUUGAUAUUUAUUUGACGAAAGUUUUGUAAACAAGCAACAUGAGGUGUAUUCUGGGAUCGAAAAUAACUGUUGGUUUAGUGUUUAGAGCUUUUGCUGAAAUAUGUGGUAAAAAGAAAAGCAUGUUGUCGCGGUAAAAAUGCAACUGAUACAAGCGAAUAUUAGUGUUAAUAUUGAUUGAGAAAGCAGCUCUGGAAAAGAGUUUUCGGCUCUGUAAAUUUUGAUGCCUCUCUAUUUGUAGGGAAAGCGUAUAUAAAUACAAAUGGGCAAGCGAACACACAACUAUGUAAAAAGUAUUAUUGUUAAGAAGGAAUCGCUACAGAUGGAAGAAACAUGCUGAAACCUAUCAUUAAACGAAUAAAGCAGAAAAGUAAACAUAGCAAACCGUGUAACCAGACUGACUAAUUAGAAUGUUACACCUUACCUGUGCAUAGGAUACGCGGCAUGAAAUUACAAAUUGACAAAAUAAGACAAACACGUGAAAUUAAAGCUUCUUAUUUCUGUGAGUCAAAAGCAACAAAAACAAAGAAAAUCGAAAAAAAUAAACAAAAUGA